AACUGCGCAGUUCGAGCCCCAGCACACAUUAAGCGCAGUCUCGACAGUGUUAAUUAGACAAUGACGAUAAAGUCAAAUUUAAAGCAAAUACGUGUUGUUGUUUUUUUGCCUUUUUUCCGUGCGCAGGAAGUCCGGGAGUGGAUAGUUGCGGUGUUGAUUUCGAGGUGACAUCUUUGCUCGGCUGCACGGUUGAAUAACAUAGCAAGCUAGCUCUUAAACAGAGGUUGAGGUAAACAAGCGUGCUAUAACACACAAUUUUAGCUCAACAGAGAACUGAUAGCUAUGGCAUUGCAGCUGUUUAGUUAACAUAUAGCACUCAGUGACAUUAUGUCAGCUUUGCUGUCGCUGCACCGUGCUGACCUUUGUAGGAAACACGGUAGAGCUUUGUUGUGGACGCUGUCAAAGCGAAACUCUCAUUUGUUAGCAAACAAGCCGAUAUCCAGCCGCAGUGUCCAAAAUGUGCUGUCCAGGUGGGAUAAUGCCAGAAAGUUUCUUUCAAAAUCAGACCGGACCCUUACAAGUCAGCCACAGAAACUCAUUCAGAGUCUUCUCCACAGACCGCUGGGUCCUGGAAUGGUGGGAAUAAGCAAAGAGUUAAUCAGGAGCCACCUGCUGAGGAACCCUGUCGGUUUGGUCAAUCUGUUAGGUGCAACAAACUUCUUCAGUACAUCUCAGUCUAAACAAGAGAAAAAUAAAAGUAAUGGACCAAAGGGAAAAACUCCAGAGGAAGAUGAAGAGGAGAAGAAACGUCGUGAGCAGGAGGACCAGAUGUACCGGGAGCGCCUGAGGACCCUCUUCAUUAUAGCACUCAUCAUGAGCCUGCUGAACUCCAUUAAUACCAGCGGGGGUAACAUCUCCUGGAAUGACUUUGUCAAUGAGAUGCUGGCCAAGGGAGAGGUGUCACGUGUGCAAGUCGUUCCGGAGAGCGACAUUGUGGAAAUCUACCUUCACCCUGGAGCGGUCAUCUUUGGGAGGCCUAGGCUGGCGCUCAUGUACAGAAUGCAGGUUGCCAACAUUGACAAAUUUGAGGAGAAGCUGAGAGCUGCUGAAGAGGAGCUGAAUAUUGACACCAAGGACAGGAUACCAGUGUCCUACAAACGCACUGGAUUCUUUGGAAACGCAGUCUACGCUCUGGGGAUGGCAGCUAUUGCCGUGGCUAUUCUCUGGUAUAUCUUUCGACUGGCGGGCAUGGGGGGCAGAGAGGGCGGUUUCAGUGCUUUUAAUCAGCUGAAGAUGGCCAAGUUCACCGUUGUGGACGGCAAAUCGGGUAAAGGUGUGAGUUUCAAAGAUGUGGCAGGCAUGCACGAGGCUAAGACGGAAGUUAAGGAAUUUGUCGACUACCUCAAGAAUCCAGAACGAUACCUCCAGCUGGGAGCCAAGGUUCCCAAGGGAGCAUUGCUGCUUGGGCCUCCAGGCUGUGGGAAGACCCUGUUGGCUAAGGCCGUAGCCACUGAGGCCCAGGUGCCCUUCCUGGCCAUGGCUGGCUCUGAGUUUGUGGAGGUCAUUGGAGGCCUGGGUGCUGCUAGGGUCAGGAGUCUGUUCAAGGAGGCUCGAGGCCGAGCACCCUGCAUCGUCUACAUCGACGAGAUCGACGCCGUGGGAAAGAAGCGCUCCACCAACAUGUCAGGUUUCUCCAAUACUGAAGAGGAGCAGACCCUCAACCAGCUGCUGGUAGAGAUGGACGGGAUGGGAACGACGGAUCACGUCAUUGUACUUGCUUCCACCAACAGAGCAGAUAUCUUGGACAAUGCUCUCAUGAGACCGGGACGACUGGACAGGCACAUCUUCAUAGAUCUGCCCACACUGCAGGAGAGGAAGGAGAUCUUCGAGCAACAUCUGAAGAUCUUGAAGCUGACCCAACCAGCUAAUUUCUACUCUCUGCGUCUGGCUGAGCUCACCCCAGGCUUCAGCGGUGCAGACAUCGCCAACAUUUGUAACGAAGCUGCCCUGCAUGCUGCCAGAGAGGGGCACAAGUCCAUCGACACCUUUAACUUUGAGUAUGCAGUGGAGAGAGUAAUAGCAGGAAGCGUAAAGAAGAGUAAGAUCCUGUCUAAAGAGGAGCAGAGGGUGGUCGCCUUCCAUGAGUCUGGACACGCCUUAGUGGGAUGGCUGCUCGAGCACACUGAGGCAGUCAUGAAGGUGUCCAUUGCCCCACGGACCAAUGCAGCUCUGGGAUUUGCCCAGAUUCUUCCUCGUGACCAGUACCUGUUCACCAAAGAGCAGCUGUUUGAGCGGAUGUGUAUGGCACUGGGAGGAAGAACUGCCGAGGCCAUCACGUUUAACAAGGUUACAACAGGAGCUCAAGAUGACUUGCGUAAGGUGACACGUGUGGCCUACUCUAUGGUGAAGCAGUACGGUAUGUGUGACAGCGUGGGCCAGGUCUCGUUCCCAGACACAGAGGAGCAGGGUGCCGUCGGACGCCGUCCUUUCAGCCAGGGCCUGCAGCAGCAGAUGGACCACGAGGCUAAGAUGCUGAUAGCCCGUGCAUACAGGCACACAGAGAAGCUGCUACUGGACAACAGAGACAAGCUAACGCUGUUGGCCAAUGCGCUGUUAGAGCGUGAGGUGGUGAACUACGAUGACAUUGAAGCCCUGCUGGGUCCUCCCCCCUUCGGGCCCAAGAAGAUGAUCGUCCCACAGAGCUGGCUGGAGGCUGAGAGGGACAAACAAGACACGGGAGAAGACGAACCUCAACCGCCUCGGCGCAAACACAGAGAAGAGGACAUGGAUCCACAGCUGGUCUGAUCUUAAAACAUAUGUCUCAGAAUUAUUUUCCACCUGCUGCAUUUUGUGGGUGUCAUCAGGGGGCUGGGUGAAUUUAGAAAACCUGGCAUUGAUUCCUCACUUUUAAGCUUUAUAUGCCUGAAAGUGAAAUCAUCAGUUUCUUGAAACAGCAGCAGUCCAUGUAGACCUUUUUCAGGUAGCUGACGCAUUUAAAUAAUCAGAAACAGGCCUAAAGAACGCAGUGCAACUUUGGCAAUGAUUAUUAUGGGAGGAAUUCCACCAUGUCUCUCAUGUGCUUUCUGCACAGUCAUAUUAUUAUGCCAUGGAAACACUAAAAACAAGCCUAUUGAAACAAGAUGUGUCUAACAAGCCUAAGGUCUAGAAAAACCCUCUAAUUAACAUUUACUGUACAUGCAAUCAACAAUUAUAUGCUCCGUCUUUGAAUUCCCAAAUAGUGUGUGCUAAUACAUGAAACUGAUGUGGGAUCAUGUAUGUAUGGAAACGCACUGUAGCAUAUACAGUUUAUUCAAGUUCGAGAAUUCAUGUUAUCUCACAUUCGCAAACGACCUCGCAAAAGAGCAGCAAGCAUCUGUAACUCAAGUCAUUCGAUAGGGAAAAAAGUUGACUUUAGGGGUGACUGUUUGGACUUUGUGCACCAGAUGUAUUUGGAUUAAGGUCCUCGUAUUGUGUUUGGUGAAGAAUUGAAACAGACUGAAGUAGGCUGCUGUGGACUUUUACCUGUAUACUUAAUAGUGUGUACUUAAUAAAUAAGGAAACUAUAUUUGACAUUUUGAAAUACCCCUUUAAGGUUGACGUGUGUCAUGUUGACGAUAAAACAGCAAAUAUUCCUCCACACACCUGGUCCUUCUCUCACUGUAAGACAUAGAGAUUGAGUGAAUAGGUGGAAUAGGCUGAGCUGGUGUAUUAGGGGUUGUGUAUUGGUUUGAUUGCCACAAGUAAAAGUCCUGAAGGAUGAUGUUGCUAAAUAAUACAAUA